GUAAUCCUCAAAGACGCCAUCUUCGCAUCGGCGGCAAAGAAUUUUUUAUGAUCAGUUCAGUUGAUGCAGAACGAGGAGAUGGUCGGGAAGAAGGCGAGCAUGGCAACGAGCAAGAGUUGCAUGAGGAGUAUCAUGAAGAUGACUGCGUUGGCGACAACGGACAAUGUGAAGGAUUGUAUAGGACUAUGGAAGGCGAAUCGUUGACUGAGCUAGAUGUGGCGGAUGAAGUUGAGAUCAAGCCCAGCGCUCACAGUGACUGGAAUGAUUUCCCUACCGAAGCGAAGGUGUUUGCACCUGCAACUGUUCUGAAGACUAAUGAGUUUCUCAAGAGUCGUCCACAAUUAUUCGUAGGAACCGGUCAGUCGAUAAGUGCUCGUGAAGACAGUUCAAAGCAAUGGGGAGACCCCGGCGAAAUACCCAGCACAUCACUUGAAGCUCGCAGUUUACCUGGAAUGAAGUCAUUGUUCAAGAUGUAUGGUGAGGUAGCGGUCAGAAAGGCUGCUCAUACCGAUCUUCUUCGAGCUGAUGAUAACAUGGCCGAGGACGACGAGGAAAAUGCCUCUAGCUCGUAUCCUCGUGGUGAGGAUUUCGACACUUCGCUGGAGGAUACUGCAGCAGACCGGGACUGUUAUCCCUUGGAUCCUGGGCAGAUCUACAGCAAAAGAAAGCAAAUAAUUCACAAGCAUCAGAAAUGGCCCUUGUACUGGGAUAGACCUAUAGAUUUUCAGGAAGCUUCUUAUAUAUUAAUUGGUGCAGUACCUGUUCAAGAAAGUAAGGUGUGCAACAGUAUACCGCAAGGCUUCCGUGGUGAAGGUACUUUUGUUGUGAACUGUGAACACCUUCACCGUUCGGAUUCGAACCACGACGGGUUGGGAUCUUGGGGAAAACCUACCGGGAGAAAUCGUUAUUACGGCUCCAGUGAAGGAGUUUUUACACGGAUGGACGAUGGACGCGGGAAUCUGCUACCACAUGCAAAAUACAUCUGGAAAUGUAUGAUGCGGAGGUACGAACAUCCAAUGACAGCUAGCGUAAACGGUGGCCAAAGCCGGUUCAUCAAAAAGUUGUAUACCGCUCUGUAUCCCCCAGAACGGAAGGAAGUGAUUUCAUUCGUGGUGAUUACUUAUGAGUGGAUUGGAAAACCUUUCAAUUUCAGAGUGAUACCCAUUCCAAUGAAAAACAAGCGCGGAGGCCCAUCAACACCCCACCCACCGCCAGGUUCAAAAGAUUGGCAGGCGGCAUCGUUUCAAGGCAGUGCGAUGGCUGCGCUUCCAGCCACUUGUUCUGCCUACUUCGGCGACUGUCCGUUAUACGCCGUAGGCGCAGUUGACUUCAAUGUCGCUGCUUCCAUAAUCCUUGGCGGAACCAUUGUUGAACCGUCCAAAGUUUGUAGUAAAGUUCCUCAAGGUUAUCGCGAGUGCGGAACUUUUGUAAUCGAUUUGUCCAAUUUUGUUACUGAUGCAGAGUUGAGACGAGAUGACAAUGGCUGCUGGGGUAAACCGGCUGGUAAUUCUAGGUAUUACAAGAUAGAUCCGAACACGGGUGACGCCGUCAGGGUCGAUCGCGGAUGCAAACUCAUCGAAGGUGCCGAGUAUGAUGUGCAGAUUCUUUCAAAGCGUUACGAACAUCCGUCUGUAAAUGGUAGGUUUGUUCGGAAAAUAUACACGGGUAGAAGUCCUUCAAAUAGCAGAGUUUACGAGAAUUGCAUGCUGUUGGCCGUCAUGACUUAUUAUUGGAAAGGAGAACCGGAAUAUUUUGAAGUGGGGCCGCAGAGAAGGGUUAGGAUUCCAGAAGAUGCGGAGCGCCAGCGACUUCUGAAUCAGAUCUACGCUGGUCACGCGGCACCCAUGCUUACUGCUGAAGACGCUCGUACAGCAAAACGGUUUCGUGCAGAUUUGUCUGAACCUGGCGCCUCAUCUGAGAGCGCACAUGCCAUCAUGUACAGAACGGAAAUUGAACUGCAGGAACGGCAAGCAUGCAUCUUGGAUCGGUUCGAAGCAUUCAUGGACAGAUUGGAAAGAAUUGUUACGUACUUGCCACAACUCCAUGAGCCUGUGCAGCAAGUUUGGUUGGAUGAGGCGUCACAUGACGAUGAAGUAGCUCGCGAAGAAGAGAUAAUCCUCGAAGACGAUAAUUACAAUGAAGACUUUGUGCCUCGUCUUUCAUAAAUGCUUGAGUACAAAAUUAUAGUGUAUUACAUAAAGAGC